AUGUCGCUGGCAUUUGACGAGUAUGGCAGGCCCUUCAUCAUCAUCCAAGAACAGGAGAAGAAACAUCGGUUGAAAGGGAUCGAUGCUUUAAAAGCUAAUAUUGCGGCGGCGAGAUCCAUCGCCAGAACCUUGCGGACAUCACUGGGCCCAAAAGGAAUGGAUAAGAUGCUGCAGUCUCCAGAUGGCGACAUCACUGUGACCAAUGAUGGUGCAACGAUUUUGCAAGAGAUGGAUGUCGAGAACCAAAUCGCGAAACUCAUGGUCGAACUCUCCAAAUCUCAAGAUGACGAAAUCGGUGAUGGAACCACUGGCGUUGUCGUUCUCGCGGGUGCACUCCUCGAGCAAGCGGAGAAGUUGCUCGACAAGGGAAUCCAUCCGACUCGAAUUGCAGAGGGAUUUGAACGCGCUGCAGAUCUUGUUGUUCCCCUUCUGCGAAAGCUCUCUACACCGCUUGACUACAGCAGCGCGAAUGGGUACGAGGAAUUAGUCAAGACGGCCAUGACCUCGCUCAAUUCGAAAAUUGUGAAUCGGAUGAAGAGACCCCUCGCUGAGAUAUGCGUCAAAGCUGUUCUUUCCGUUGCAGACCUUGACCGAAAAGAUGUGAACCUGGACCAUAUCAAACUGGAUGGCAAGGUGGGAGGGAAAAUGGAAGAAACCGCCCUGGUUAAUGGAAUAGUGAUUGACAAAGACUUUAGCCAUCCGCAAAUGCCUCGUGUUGUCGAAGAUGCCAAAGUUUGUGUUCUCACAUGUCCCUUUGAGCCGCCGAAACCGAAAACGAAGCACAAGCUUGACAUAAACACAGUCGAUCAGUAUAAGGAAAUGCAAGAAUUGGAGCGAAAAUAUUUCACUGAUAUGGUCAAAGCAGUGAAGGACUCUGGCGCCAACCUCGUCGUCUGUCAAUGGGGUUUUGACGAUGAAGCGAACCAUCUGCUCUACAAGCAUGAACUACCGUCGAUCCGGUGGGUCGGCGGUUCUGAAAUUGAGCUCAUCGCCAUGGCCACGGGAGCGCGUAUUGUGCCACGCUUUGAAGAGAUUAGCAAAGAUAAGCUUGGCUCGGCGAAAUCCGUGCGGGAGUUGUCCUUCGGUACUACAAGAGAUCACGUCAUUGUCUUGGAAGAUUGUGCAUUUUCCAAGUCGGUAACUAUUUUUGUGCGUGGCGGGAACAAGAUGAUUAUUGAAGAAGCGAAGAGAAGUAUCCACGAUGCGUUGUGCGUCGUGCGGAACCUCAUCCGCGAUAAUCGGAUUGUUUAUGGUGGAGGCUCUAUUGAAAUUGCGUGCUCCAACUUGGCCUCAGAGACUGCCGACCAAAUUCCUGGUGUAGAGCAGUACGCAGUCCGAAGUUUUUCGGCUGCGCUUGACAACGUCGUCAUGGCUCUUGCGGAAAACUCGGGCCUGUCCCCUAUUGAAACACUUGCUAACGUGAAGUCAAGACAGAUCAAGGAAAAUAACCAGUAUCUUGGCAUUGACUGCAUGGAGACAGGCACGAAUGACAUGCGUGAACAGAAUGUGUACGAGGCUCUCGCUUCGAAGAUUCAGCAAUUCCAACACGCGACACAAAUGGUUAAGAUGAUACUAAAGAUAGAUGAUACCAUUGCGCCUGCUGAAUAUGAAUAAACUAAAUUCUGGGCGCGUCUGUGAAGUUUUAAAACAUUACCGCUGAACUUAAACUCCGUGGCCCUGAUUCCGUAA